UCGGACGGUCUUAACGGCGGCGCUUCGGUCAUCAUUCGAAUUGUCUCCAGCGUAGGAGUUCGAUGGCAUUGCUACGCUAUUCCUCUGAAGCCAAACUGCUCGUCAACUCUGGCGGAGUACGAGGCGCUUCCGUAUGCGCUUCGCAUGCUGCUCAAACCGGACCUGCCUGUCGAAAUUGACUCAGUCACGAUCUACACAGAUCUGGCGGCUUGCAUCGACAGAGCCAGGAAAACCGGCUUUGUCGAAUUGCAUAAAGAGGUUGCCAAGGUCAAGCUACUGCUCAAGAAGAUCGACGCUCAUGCUGAUCGCCCAGGCAACGAGCUCAGCGAUGGCUACGCUAAUCAUGGUCGUGCACAGAAGCGCAAGAAUGACGAGAAAACAGAUCAUGAGGCGAACGCCUAUCUCAAGGCUAAGAGUAACCGAGGGCGUCAGUCAAGUUUCACGCGAGCCCGUGGCUCGUCUUCAAAGAUCAAGCACAGCGUCGGCAUGGCGUCAAAGGCGCGAUCGAGCGUUGGCACUGGCAGAGGUCAUCGUCUCUAUUUGUUGCGCUGA